UGUGAGAGAGAGAGUGAUCUGGGAUGGAGAGAGGAAAAGGAGGGAUGGAGGGAGGAGGGAUUUAAUCCUGCCUGGAUUAUGGUAUAAACUGGUCCCGGACAGCAGGAAGAGAUCCACUGAAGAGAGAGGAAGUCCUACUAUCACUCUAUCCAUCAUUCAACGAUCAUCAUAAGCGUGUCCCAGUGCUGCAUGGUUUUGGAUCCACCAGGAGCUCAGCAGGAUGGAAUAAUUAAAAAAAGUGCGGCAGAAGAAAACUCUUUUGGGAAUAUAUGUGCGUGUCCUGCUUGGGAAUGCCUCGCUAACUGAACUCGAGGGAAGCUAAACGGGACGCCCCCAUCACUCUCCCUUUUUCCCCGGCAUCCUGUAGAGGGGGGAGUAUAGGAGGAGAGAAGAUAAUAAUGGGAGUAGCAGAAAUAGGAUUAAGGGGUGUAGAGAGGGAGGUGUAGGAGCAUGGCGAGAAUCCGUUGUGACUCUUGGAGCGCAGAAGUGACCUUUGACACUGGAGACAAGAGCUUUCCAGACUGUGCUGUGUGCCGGGGGGUCCAGCUGAGCUGACAUCAAAUCUCUAUCAGACUCUUUUUAUUGCUCAUCAGUCGUAUUUGAAAUUUCCACAUGUCUCAAAGGAAAUGGUUUUAAAGCUUUGACCACAUGACAUACCAGCGUGCAACAACUGCUGCAGGGAUGAACCGCUGGAGCUGGGGAAGUGGGCCGCGAAGAGGGAGGCUGAUGAUGCUGCUGUGGAUUAUCCUCUCCAGCUCGCUGUACCGCAUGGUUGACGGACAGAUGAAGAUCUCACCGGAAACGGUGCAAAAGUGGGCUGUGUCCUUCAGCAAGGAGAUAGCUGCUCUGUCCGCCAGAUACUCUGGAGCUAAACUGCUGCAGAAG